AUGUCUUGUCGUGUGCGCUCUUAUCCUACCGCAACACAGGAUGUUCCUUGGCCUGGCUGGCUAGAUAUUGCCGAUGCAGAAGCCCAACACGCUGACUUGCCUUCUGACGAGCACGGCUCCCUGUCUUCUGUCCAGAGAGCGUCUAUCCUCGAUCCUGAAGAACGUCAAUGGGUGCAUGUUCAACCGUGGCUAGAGUCCAAGGGUUACAUGUCACGCCCUCGAUUUCGUCCCGGCUGGAGACCGUCCUGGUCAGAAAGUGCGACGAAGGACGAUUUGCCCAAGCAUGAUGAUAGCUAUCCUGGUUGUAGUCAUGUCAUGGACGCGUUCCGUAUAAGCGAUGAGCGUCAUGUCGCUCUCAAGAGAUUUGAGCUGCCGGCCAAUGGCCGCAACGAACUCGAAGUCAAUACAAUAUUGUCCUCCGAACCGCUGAGGGACGACCCGCGGAAUCCAGCGCUUCCAAUGCUCGAAGUUAUCCAUGCUCCCAACCAAUGCUUUAUGGUAUUCCCUGUAGGCAAGGAAAUCUUCGACUUCUGUCCUGCUACUGUCGGGGAAGGCUUGGAUUUCAUUGAACAGACGUUGCAGGGCCUCGUAUUUCUGCACGAGAAACGAAUAGCUCACAGGGACUGUUCCAUAGCGAAUCUUCUGAUGGACCCAUCUCGUAUGUACCCCCACGGAAUACACGUGGACGAUCAUCGAUUGAAUGGUCGAGGCAAAUGCAUCAGCCACGUCCGAACGCGCACCCAGGUCGGUGGCGUCAAGUACUACUACAUCGAUUUUGGCGAGUCCAUCAAGUUCGGCCCAUUGGACAAUACGCGCAUCACCAUUCAUUCCAAAGCGAGCAUUUUUGCGCCAGAGACGACAGACGAUGUUUUAUUGCCUUACGAUGCCUUUAAACCUGAUAUCUUUACCUUGGGUGUAACUUACACACAAAGGAUUGCUAAGGUACUGGUCUCAUGGCGUUCCUUAUCCGUGUCACUGAUGAAUCUUGCAAGCCUUACUCCUCUUUCGACGCACUUCUUCCUCUCUUCGAUGCAAUGACCCAAGUCGAUCCAGAUAUUCGGCCUUCUGCCGUAGAGGCACUCAACCUCUUCAACACCAUUAAUAUAUCCUUUUCGCGCACCGCUUUGCAUGGGCGUGUCCAUGACCGCAGAGAGCACCCAGAAUCUUCCUUCGAACGGAUUUUCCUCGAUUGCCUCCACUACUCGGAACAGAUCGCUUGGGCCAUACAGAACUGGAAAUGGUGACAGAGAGGCAUUUCCACUCUCUCAAUUUUGACAGCGACGUCCUAUUUCUGG